AGCAAUUUUCUUGCUUACUCACUCAGGAGAGUUGCAGAAAUGGAUACGAAAAAUCCUAACACCACAAUUCCAAGUGCAGAAGAUGAGAAGACACAAAUCAAUUUUCGUUCCUCUAUCAGGCUAAAAUACGUGAAGCUCGGAUAUCAUUAUCUAAUUUCUAAUGCUCUGUACCUGUUAAUCAUCCCCCUUCUCUUAGCAGCUGCAGCCAAUCUUUCAAAGAGUCACGUUCAGGAUAUACUGCACAUGUGCAAUUAUCAUCUCAGAUACAAUGUUCUGACAGUAAUCAUAUGCACAAGUCUAAUGGCAGUCUUAGCCACCGUUUACUUCAUGAGUCGUCCUAGAAAGGUUUACCUGGUAGAUUUCUCUUGUUACAAGCCUGACCCCUCUCUCUUGUGCACCAGAGGGAUGGUUGUGGAAAAGGUUUCCGCCAUCAUAAGCAAAGAAGGUGCAGACUUCACGAGGAAAGUACUGGAGAGGUGCGGGUUGGGGGACAGGACUUACGCGCUCGGCCUCAAAGAUUUCCCACCAGAACGCCCCUUUCAAUGCGCCAGAGAGGAAGCCGAAAUGAUUAUAUGUGGAGCUAUCGAUGACCUGUUUGCAAAAACCCGAGUGAAGCCAAGGGACAUUGGCAUUCUUGUAGUCAACAUCUCUGCUUUCAACCCAACACCAUCUCUUUCUUCCAUGAUCGUCAACAGGUACAAGCUCAGGGGGGACGUGGUAAGCUGCAAUUUAGGUGGCAUGGGCUGCAGUGCCGGACUGAUAGCUAUAGACCUUGCAAAACGACUUUUACAGGUGCAACCUAACACCUACGCCCUGGUCAUGAGUUUGGAAUCUAUGACCAGCAACUAUUAUGCUGGCAAAGACCGAUCAAAGCUGCUCACAAAUUGCCUGUUUCGGAUGGGAGGGGCCGCCAUCCUCUUAUCAAAUCGAUUUUCUGAUCGCCGACGUUCAAAAUAUGAACUCACACACACUUUACGUACCCACAAAGGUGCAGAUGACAGAGCUUACAGAUGUGCAUUCCAAGAAGAGGACGAAGAGGGGAAUCUGGGGAUCUCGUUGUCGAGAGACUUAAUACCUGUCGCUGGAGAGGCGUUACAAGCAAAUAUCACCACACUCGGACCUCUGGUGCUUCCCAUGUCAGAGCAGCUCCUAUUCUUAGCCACAUUGGUAGCGCGGAAAGUAUUCAAGAUGAAAGUCAAGCCUUAUGUUCCAGAUUUCAAGCUUGCAUUUGAGCACUUCUGUAUUCACACUGGUGGAAGAGGAGUAUUGGAUGAGCUAGAGAAGCACCUUCGGCUCACUCAGUCGCACAUGGAGCCUUCAAGAAUGACUCUCUACAGAUUUGGCAACACUUCCAGCAGUUCAGUAUGGUAUUCACUGGCCUAUGCCGAGGCCAAAGGGCAGAUCAGAAAAGGCAACCGCGUCUGGCAAAUAGCAUUUGGGUCUGGAUUCAAGUGUAACAGCGGUGUCUGGCGUGCACUAAAGACAAUCGACCCAGCAAAGGAGCAAAAUCCAUGGACAGACGAGAUCAACCUGUUUCCCGUUCCUGUUCCAAUGAUGAGUCCCCUUCGCCCUUGACCACUGUCAUUCACUCCCAGAGUAAGGCUGAUGAAAGAAUGGCAUUCCUCUCGAUCUAGCUGCAGGUUUACUAUUAAAGUAGGAAAAAUAGACAGGAAAAUGGUCGCCUUCUCCUCAAAUAAGACCAUAUUUGUCAUGUUUCAUUACAUUACAAGGUGACACAAUAUCAACUCAAUUGCAUUCA